UUCAUCGAAAGUAUAUACAGUUAUAGCGAUGUUGUUGCUAUUUAUUCUCAUUCUCUGUCCCCCGUUAUUUUCGGUUGAGCUUCAUACUGUUAUUGCAAGUGAUCAGGAUCAUCCAGUAUGUCCAUUAUAGCACCGGGGCAGAGUGCAGAAGAAAAACUACUACUGAACUGGACAGUGGAACGUUUAGUAGGGUCGACCCGAGCAAACCGAGGAGUCAAGACUGACCAGCAAUCAAACAAGUGUUACAAAGUUUCUUUGUUCACGAAGGUGAAAGAUUUGUUCGCAGAUGGCUCCUAAACUUGAAGUUAAUGCUUCACCUUCUUACAGCAUGAUGACCACAACACGACUACCAGGUGUACUGCAAGAUGUUCAGAGCUCACGGACUUCCAGACAUCAUUCUAAGCUGGAGCUUAUAAAGAGUGAAUUUCAGCAGAAAGUACUCAAAGAAAAGGAGGAGAAACUGGUAACUAUGUAUAAUCAACAGCAAGAGGCUGCUUUAAACAAGAUUAGAAACCAUCACUACUAUCCACAGUACCAAUCAACAAGCACACAAUCACAGACUGAAACAAGUCCUCUGUCUUCUGCAGCUUCUCACAGAGGGAACAGGUCAUAUUUGUCCAAUGAGGUCAGAACCAGUCCAGCUGCUCUACCAGCUAAAAAGAGUGUUGGGAUUGACAGGGCAUGCCCACUGAAACCUGUUUACUGCAGGAAAGCAUCAAGCCUUAACAACAUUUUCAAUAAUGGAGAUGGCAAAGAUCAAAGAACUACAGAAUACAACAAUAUGCUUACAAGACCUUCUCAAGCAUGUGAUCAAAACAAAAGGUGGCCCUCAGGAUUAAAGAAUACUAAAAACCCGCCACCUUCUCCUGCAUCCUCUGUUCAGACCAAAAGAUCAGCAUCUAAUCAUGGUAUAAUGGAGCAGCUUUGGCUUCAGCAACAGGCAGAGCAAGAGGAAAAAAAUCUGGAGAUGGAAAUUCGGAGAAAGGAAGCUAUUCUCAAGGAAAAGCUAAGAAGAACUGAGGCAGAGCUCAGAUGGAUUCAAAGGGAAAGAGAGCAAGCAAAUAGAGAUGACAGAAAAGAAAGAGAAAGGAAAGGGAAAAGGGGAAAGGCAGCAGAAAAGGAACAGGAAGCAACACUGAAGAGAGAAACUAUGCACGCACCAUCACAAGAUAAUUUCUUUGAUUACAGAGGUUACGAGGAUAAUCAAGAUGUUAGGAAUGGAGGCGGUGCUAGAGGAAAUGCAUCUAGAAGGAAUGCCUCCGAAUGUUAUAGUAGUAUGAGUAAUACUUCCUCUUAUGUCUGUGAGUAUAACACACAUGUUGCUGUUGGGAAGGUAAGGAAGGAAACACUACUUGCAAGUAAUAACAAGAUCAGAGAAAGAGAAUCUUCUCACAGUAUUAAGGCAACAGAAAAGAUGUGGAAGCUGGAGGAAUCUGGUAGUUCUUUUAGCUCCACUCGUACCCAGCCCAGUCCAUUCAGUUAUCCAAACUCUGAUGUUAGAAGAGAUGAAAGCUCAAGCCAAAGAUCACACAAAAGUGUGAUACAGGAAUUUGCUGAAGCUUCAUCAGAUGAUGAUGAUGGGUACAAAGACAAAGAGGAAUUCCCUGACCAAGAUUUCCUUAGCUCUGCCCUUGCACAGUGUUCAUUUUGUGGCCGCAAGUUUGUUGUGGACAGAUUGGAAAGACAUAUGAAGAUCUGUAAUAAGGCCCAAAAUUCAAAAAGGAAGGUGUUUGACUCCUCCACGGCAAGGGCUAAAGGAACAGACCUGGAAAAAUAUAUCAGUAGAAAAAAACAUUACACUGAGCAGGAAGAACAGCCAAAGAAAAAUGUCUGGAGACAGAAGCAUGAAUCUUUUAUGAGGAUGCUGAAGCAGGCACGAGAUAUACAGGGGAAGAUCAAGCAAGGAGAAAAACUCUCUAACCUACCUCCACCCCCUCCAGAUGAAAACCCAGAUUACAUUUGUUGCCCCCACUGCAGUCGUAGAUUUGCUCCCAAAGUAGCAGAAAGGCACAUUCCAAAAUGUGAAACAAUAAAGAGCCGCCCACCUCCACCACCCAGAAAGCAAAAAUAAACUGUAACAUGACUACUUUCAACAGGGUGGAAACUGGAGCUAUGCAUGUGCAACUGAAACUUUCCAGCAUCUGUUUCUGCUCUAGAUGCCAUACUGAAAGGUAGAUGUUAGACUGUACAUUCCUUGGAUAUAGGACCAUAAUCAGAAAGCAAGUGCUGGCUUGCUUGAGUGUAUGGCAAACCAUUACCAGUGCAUAUAAACCCCUCUCUGCAAACAUUUUUUACUUAAAAAACUAUAUAUAUAUUUAACAUAGUACUAUGUGGUCCACAAGUGUAUUGAUUAUCUUAGUGUUUUUCUUUUGAAGGCCAGUGUGCUUAGGUAACCAACAGUAGGCAAUGGUCAUUUAAAAGCUGACCAGACAGGAAUGGUUAGGUAUCCCAAGAUUACUACUCUUUUUGACUAGGAGAGUACUAUAACUGCCUGCUGCUGGACAUCAGAUAGUGUAACAGGUGAAAAUUGCAAAAUGUAUGGAUUGUCACCAGACCAGACUAGCUGUACCCUGACAUGCAUGUAAAUGCAUUAAUUUACAAGCAUUGCUGCACAUUGGAAAAGGAUCUGGUCCACCACUUGAUGCUUAUCUCCCAUAUCUCUGAUGUGACAAUUGACACAUCAUUAGAUUGGACCAGUUUUAAGUGAUGAAUUACCAAAAAUUGUAUGAUGUUAGUAAUUGAGUAUAAAGAUGUUAUAAGGAAAGAAGCUGUACCAAGAACUAAAGAACAGAAAAGUUAUGGCAAAAUCACAUUUCACAUUUGUUAAAUGAGGAAGAAGUGACUG